AACAUUUUUCAGAAUUCGUGCGGGCGUUUUGAUGAAAAGUCGUGUUGGUGCGUGAAAAAAGUGCGCAUAGUGCGUGUGCAUUCGAACGUCAUCAUCGCAUUUCGGUAUCAUUUCACUAUAGUUUGGCCCGCUGCAACGUCAUUCCUGCUCAAUAGUUAUUUUACAAAUUGACUGAAAACCGCGAUAUGACACUGUCGCAGUGCCUUUAGGACCCGAGUGCGCUGGCCAGGUGAUUCCCCAAUCCCGUUUGAGAGGCAGGCCUGUCUCACUCAAAAUGUGUGCAGCUCAACAGUACUGCCUUAGGUGGAACAACCACCGGUCAAACCUACUCACAGUCUUUGAUGAACUCCUACAAAAUGAAGCCUUCACCGAUGUUACCCUCGCUUGCGAUGGUGGCAGUCCAAUAAAAUGCCACCGGAUGGUUCUAGCCGCCUGUUCCCCUUAUUUCCAAAACUUGUUCACGGAUCUACCAUGCAAGCACCCAGUGGUGGUCCUCAAAGACGUCAAGUAUUCGGAAAUCAAAGCUAUAUUAGAGUACAUGUAUCGAGGCGAGGUCAACGUAGCCCAGGACCAACUCGCCGCCUUGCUCAAAGUGGCCGAAGCCCUCAAAGUGAAGGGCUUGGUCGAAGAAAACCGCUCCAGUGGGAGCUUCUCCUGCAACCGCGAUGAGGAGCCCAUGGAACACUCCCCCACGGGCACCAGCAACUCCAAUUCAAGCAUUCAGAACGUGCACAGUAGCAGCAAUAACUCGCCCCCGCAUUCGACCAACAGCCACUACAAGAAUCCUUACGGCAUGUACAAGUCGGGGAGCAUGGAUCGCAAUCCCAGGAUGAAUCUGCCCAUUUGGGCAGUGCCGGGAUUGCCCAUGCCCUCGCAUUCAAAUACCGUUCCUAACCAAAACCACCCACAUGCUGCCGCCACCGCUGCGGCUGCUAUGUUGAGUAGUUGUUACGAAGCUGCCACCGACAUGUCGCCUCUGAAAAGGAAAAAAUUGUCCAGUCUUCUCAUGAAUAGAGACACUCCGAUUUUGAGGACUGUUCUAGGACAAGGUCAGGCUGAUUCAUCGCAACCUGUAAGCCUGGUCUGUCAUCCGGACAGCCACGAUCAACAUUCGAACGGACCGGACCAAGAGCGAAUGGAAAAGCACUUGAAAAACGAACCCUCCGAGGACGCUCAAUCCCCUUACACGGACUUCACGAUGAUGAAUGACGACGAAGAAAAAUCAAAAUUAGCGAUUCCGUCCUCCUCUCCCCAAUCCUACUCCAGCGAAAUGCGAGCCGUGUCUUCAGGCAUUGCAACCUACGUGCCGAACCAAAAACCCGAAUGGAAACGCUACAAGCAAUACACCCGAGAAGACAUCUUAUCUGCCAUCGAAGCCGUGCGAAACGGGAUGUCUGCGUUGCAAGCCGCCCGGAAGUACGGCGUGCCUUCGCGAACUCUUUACGACAAGGUAAAGAAACUUGGUAUAACGACAAGUCGGCCUUUUAAACGGGGCACUAACGGGAGUCCUGCGUGCUUUCCUUAUGGGAUAAGCGGGACAGGGUCGCCGUACGGGGGCCACAUGCCUGAGAUGGACGAUCCUCCUGCCAAUAGUAACAACACUUCGAGUCUCCUGGAGGCGACGUUCCUCCAGCACGCGUUUGAGGGUCGUGGUGGUGACGAUAGGGAGGCGUUGGCGGCGAUGGCAGUGGCGGCGGCGGCGCAUGCCGUGGUUUCGGGGCAUUCGACAAGUCCUUCGAACCACGGACAUGCCACGAGUCCGAGCCCGAGUCCCACUUUGUUGAAGUAUAUGAGACAGAAUAGCAUGACGCCGUCGCCGGCCCCCGGAAGCGAGCACCACCACAGUGAGACUAACGGGAGUUCGGAGCGAGAGCGCGAUGAUGAUGACGACCAGGUGGAGGAUUUGUCAGUUGGGAGGAAGCAAGAGUCGCGAGUGAUAAUGCCUCCGAUGAAUCAGGUGUCGACGAUAAUGAAGAAGGAGGAGUUGUUGAAGGACAUGAUCAAGGAGGAGGCUCGGAGGGAGAUAAGCGUGGAGGAGGCGGAAUAGCCUCGGCAAAGACUGCUGACAUAGUUUUAAACCAGUGUUAAGUUUUAUGAUUAUAUAUUUUAUGUAUUUUAAGGUUGCAUUUGCAAAAUGACUGAGUUCAGUGCAAUAUGUAUUAUCUGUGGUCACCCCACCCGUACUCACUUAGGUUUAGGAGUUAGCUAUGUUAGGAUUUUUUAUCUCAGAGUGCCUGUUUGUUUAUGCCAAGUGCGAGACCAGCUCACAUUUCCUACAAGUUCCUUCACGGAAUGUAACUCGUAAGACUGAUAGAUUUAUGUCACUUCACUAUGAGACUGAUUCAAAGUAGAAAUUGGCGGUCUUUGUGCUUGCACUACGUAACCGGUGUUUGUUGAUCUUUACUGAUCUUUGAAAAAAGAUGUAAAUAGUUUUGCUGAGGGGCAUUAAGCCUGCUGCAGAGGAGCUGACAAUGUUGACUUGUUGCGCGAUUAUCAGUUUCGUUCGGCCCUCUUUAAUUAACCUUAAAUAGUUUCGAUGUGAUUAUUAUUGGCUUAAAUUACAAAUAAUUGGUUUUGGGUUUUUAGGCUUGUAUCUUACUGGAUAGGAUAGGUAUUGUGUAAGAUAUUGUUUUAAAGACAGAGAAAAUUAGACGAGGGGUUACGAGAUCAGUUGUAUUUAGUGUACGAGUGUCUUGUGUAGCACUAUUGAGUCAUUUGAAGCACCUCAAAGGUACAUAAUAAUUGUCAGUGGUAGUUGCACGAUGCCAUAGGUCUUCAUGAUGGCCGUUGUAUAGCCAUAGCUGUGAUUUUCCUAGACUGAACACAAUCAUCACUAAAUAACACAUCCGUUUUUGUCGAUAUGAAGUUAGACUGACGACAGGUCUAGUCACCACAUUCAUUGCUGCAGCUCAUCAAUUUUAUUAGAACCAAAAGUGCAAUUCUUGUUGCAACACUGUAUUUAUUAUUAACGAUUACAAGACUGAAUUAACGUUAUUAUUAAUUAAUUAUUUUUCCUACGCGACUAGAACACAACAAUAUGGACCAAUUUUUGAAGAAAAUUCUACUUACACACAUGUGCCUUUUACUCAGUCCAAAUCUUACUGAAUUACAUUCCAUUAGUUUUUAUCAAAUUCCGGUUUUUAUCAUCACAGGGUUCCCGUCACGUUUUCAUAAUCACCUGAAGUGAAUUUUCGCUAAGCACAGAUUCCAAGUUGUAUAUGUUGUGUUUUAUUAUUUUUUGCCAUUUUUAUUUAAGACUGAUUAUUAUUAUUAUUUUGUUAAUUGUUUUCCAAAGUAUUUGAUAGGUUUUUAUCAGUUGUAUACCUAGUACUUGUAUUACAGAUCUCAAAUACCUAAAAGCUAAAUGCUUUAUAUUCAACUACCUCAAUAUAAACAAUUUAUUUACAUAAGAUUUCUGCAAGUUGUAUAUAUCAGAUUUUAUAUAUUUACAUAAUAUUAUAUUCUUAUUACAUCAAUACAAGUUGUGUGCUCAUAUUUUACUUUUUUAUAUUUGUAGAAGAAAUGUACUGUUAAUAUACAUUUUUGAUAAUUUAAUGAUACAAUAUUAUUUUAUGUAACGUUAUUGUUAGAAAUAGUUCUAUAUUGCACUGCACCUAUAUGUAAUGCAUUACUAUAAGUAAAAUU